AUGAACAACAACAAUCAGUUCUCACGGUUCAAUCUCUUCUUUCGUCUUACCUUCAUCAUUCUCCUUCAUCCUUUAUUUCUGCCAGUGCCGUUACUUCAGGGCGACUUCCGGUGUACUCCUUUGGGUUCUUGCAGACUGCAGCUGCAAGAAUUCAAAGGUACUACCCUACAGUCGCCCUUCAAACAUAGUUUCUCAAGGACUUUGGAUGGCGCAGUUAGAGCCACUCCUCCCUUUGAGCGCCCUCCAGUUCCCAACUUAGAGCCACUCCUCCCUUUGAGCGCCUUCCAGUUCCUUAAAUUAUUCUGCUUAUUGGAACUGGGGGUUGCGCAGUGCAUGCCACUUCGCAGUGCAUGCCACUUGUUAGUGGCUCCUGCUUAUUGGGACUGGGGCUCAGCACAGUGCAUGCCACUUGUCAGUGGCUCCUGCUCCAACUUUUUAAUGGUGACUGCUGAACCUGCCGGUACUUUUGUGUGGCAAGUGCUCUCUAGUUAA